AUGACGUUCCGCGAGAGGGUCAAGCGGGUUUUCCGCUCAAAAUCUGACAAUGGGAAUGGAAAACCCAAAGUCGAAUAUUAUCGGAGAUCCGAAUGUCCUCCCUCCAAGUUCAAGGGUCCUUUCGAUCGCGAGCAUCAAAAACGUUUAGCUGCUUGGUCUUUUGAUGGCGCGAUGGUUGAAAAGAGACGUUCCUUUGAAAUGUCUCUGUCGCCUUACGCCACUUACUCCGGCUCUCCCGAUGAAUCAGUGUCACCGGAUGAUUCAGCCCUCGAUACUGGAGCAUCUGACAUUGAACCUGAAUCAUCCCCUCGUGCCGUCGACUCAGGCUCCCAGUCUUCCACCGUCCUCAACCCCUCCAGCUACAGUGGCUCAAUGAGAACCCUCCUAAACGAGGCUUCCAUCUAUGAAAUCCCAGAGGACAAAAAAGACCCCACAUUCUUCCUGAAAGAGUCCAUGCGUUACACUUCCCCGUGUAUUCUCUCCGCCCGGAAACAAGUCCCUUUCAACCCCGAAGAUCUUACCCGCGCCUUGAUCGCCGUCCAGGUCUGCGCCUGA